AUGCCGCCACCAGGCGGCUACCGCAAAUUCAACUAUGGGCGAACUUUUCCGAAGCUUGUAUGGAGGCCCAGUGUUGUAGUAGCGGCGGUUUUCGGUGCAUCAGUGUAUGGCGCAUUUGAUGCCAUAGCCAAAAAGAAGGCGCGGGUAACAGAAAAAUUUGAGGACGUCGACAUCACUAACGCAAUGCAGCCUUUCCUCACUGCAGAACGUGAUCGAUAUUGGCUCAAGUUACUGAAGAAGAAUAGGGAGCUGGAGGAAGAAGUCAUGAAGGAUGUACCAGGCUGGAAGACAGGUGAGUUAACAGAAAAAUUUGAGGACGUCGACAUCACUAACGCAAUGCAGCCUUUCCUCACUGCGGAACGUGAUCGAUAUUGGCUCAAGUUACUGAAGAAGAAUAGAGAGCUGGAGGAAGAAGUCAUGAAGGAUGUACCAGGUUGGAAGACAGGAACGUGGUAUGGUGAACCAGUGUAUUUUACUCUCGGUGAUAAAUGGUGGGAUCCUAUGCAAGAUGAGGUGUUCGCGCAUUCGAAAAGGGAUGUGUUCUACAAAGAGCAUCUUUGGCGCCACCAUUCAGAAUAUGCUGCACCUAAAUUCUACGAUAAAUGGAUACCAGAUUUUAUUAUGAAGUACUGCUGGUGA